AUGUCAAAUGUCACACCAGCAAAUUCAAUUUACCUUGCAAUCUGCAGGUCAAUGAAAGCACCACCUUACCUCCACAAGCUAACGUCUGAGGCUAAUGUAAUCAUCGUAUCAAUCGAUUACAGAUUAGCCCCAGAGCAUCUAAUCCCUGCUUGUUAUGAUGAUUCAUGGGCUGUCUUGAAUUGGGCUGCACAAGGAACAGAGCCCUGGCUUAAAAUACACGCCAAUUUUUCGCGUGUUUUCUUAGCUGGCGAUAGUGCUGGUGCUAAUAUUGCACACAACUUAAUGGUUCGGGCAAGUGAGGAAAAUCAUUUUGUCGCGUCAUUAGUAGGAAUGGCACUGAUUGAUCCUUAUUUCGGUAAUGGUAAGCCUGAUUCACUAUGGACGUAUUUAUGUCCGAAAAGUAAUGGGAUUAAUGAUCGGAGAUUCAAUCCGGCAGCUCAUAUGAGUGUGCUGUCGGAGUUGAAAUGCUCAAAGAUUUUAGUUUGUACUGCUGGCAAAGAUUUUUUGAGAGACAGGGCAUGGACUUAUUAUGAGACUUUGAAGAAUAGUGGGUGGAAAGGUGAAUUGAGGAUGAAGGAGAUAGAAGGGGAGGGACAUGUCUUCCAUUUAUUUAAUCAAACUUCUGAGAAAGCUAAGGUCUUGAUGAAAUCCAUAGUCCACUUCUUAGCCUAA